UUGUGAAGGCCGCGGAAGAGCCGGGUGGCCCUGGGCGGCGAGUGCCGGCCCGCGGAGGGGCUGGAGCGAAGGGAGCGGGUGAGGAGCGGGGCUUGCGACGGCGAGGCACGGAGCAGUGCGGAGCGGAGCUGUCACCGCCGUGCCGCGAGGGCGUCGAGGCCGCGGGGGUAGGGGGAAGGAACACGGCGCGGAGGCCGCGCGUCGCCGGCCGCACCUGGGCCCGUGAGGGACAGGCGCGGGUGGCGGGGCCUCGGGGCCGUGCGCGGGGCUCGGCAGCGCUCCCCACGCUGGGCAGCGGCUCUGGAGCGCCCGCUAGGCCGGGCCGCUUUCCGCCCUAAGGGGCCCCCGUGUCCGUGCGGUGGCACGGGCCGUUCUGUCACUCCCGGGUAGGAGAACGGCUUCACAACAACAAUACAUAACAGCAAAGCUCUGUGUCUCUCGGGACUUCUGCUGCGUUUCCUACGGUCUGCUGUAUGCUGCCCCGGGACGGAACGUCUCACUCCUUUAAAUUGCCAGAGUGCUGACGGUUGAGGAUGGCUGCUGGGUCCUCAGAAGCUGAGACCUAAUCGUGUUCGUUCUGCAUGGCUCAGCAACAGUGAGCACCGCUAACUAUGUCUUUAAAUUCAUCUACACUUACAAAUGAAGAAAACUCUCAAGAAUCAAAAAGAAACACCAAAUGUUUGGAAAGUCUAGAAUUGCAGACUCCAUCAUCAUUUCAAGAUAACCCACUUCAACAGUUACAGUUGGCUUCACAGGAGGUGCUGGAAAAAGCCAAAAAGAGUGGGAGAUCAAAAUGCCCCCGAUGCAGCAGUUCAAGGAUGUUUUAUUGUUAUACAUGCUUUGUUCCUGUUGAAACUGUCCCUACCAAAGACAUUCCAACUGUGAAGUUACCUUUGAAGAUUGACAUCAUUAAACACCCAAACGAAACAGAUGGCAAAAGCACUGCUGUGCAUGCUAAGCUCCUGGCACCUGAUGAUGUUACAAUUUAUAAAUACCCUUGCAUUCCAGAAUAUGAAGAAAAAAGACAUGAAAUAGCACUUAUAUUUCCUGGCCCCAAUUCAGUUUCAGUAAAAGAUAUUGCUUUCCAUCUCCAAAAGUACACUAAGAAAAGUGUUUGUGAUGGUGAUGGUGACUGUUCCAGAGAGCCACUUCUCAAGCAAGCAAAAAUAGAACCUAAAGAAGAAGAAAAAAAUCUAAAGGAAUGCAUCUCAGGCAACAGGAGUGAAGGCACCAGACUGAAGAAAAUAAUAUUUAUUGACAGCACGUGGAAUCAAACUAACAAAAUAAUAACUGAUGAACGACUUCAAGGGUUGCUGCAAAUUGAGUUGAAGACAAGGAAAACUUGUUUUUGGCGUCAUCAGAAGGGAAAACCAGAUACAUACCUUUCCACAAUAGAAGCAAUUUAUUAUUUCCUUGUGGACUAUCAUCAGGAGAUUUUGAAAGAGAACUACAAAGGACAAUAUGAUAAUCUGCUUUUUUUCUUUUCGUUUAUGUACACAUUGAUUAAAAAUGCCAAGUGUUGUGCAGGAAAAGAGUAAGACAUCUGUAUAUAGGAGCAUGAAGUGGCUUCACUGUAGCAUGCCUCUAUGCUUGGUCCGAAGGAGCAUUUAAUCCUUUUUUCAAAAUGAAUAGGAGAGAGAGCUGCAAAACACAAUUCCUUUCCCGAAAGGUAGCACAAAUAUCAUCCAAGCCUCGGCUGAGUAAAGGGUCGUGUCAGUGCAUGGGGUAAAGAUACACUGAGACUGAAGAGAGGUGGAACUUGGAAUCUACAGCAGAACCUUCCAAAGCACUUGUAAUCUCACCUGAUUUAAAUCCUUUGCUACUGCUUCGUGCAAUGUUUUUUCAGUUUUAGCCCAUCUGGUUUUCCACACAGGCUUCUUCAGGCCCAAUUGCAGAGUAAUGUACAACCUGGUUUUGCUUUUUCCUCUUGCACUGAGUUUCAGUAUUUCAGUUUAUUGUCAUAAAUUAUGGAUUUACUUAUAGAAAAUGUAACAUGAUAUGAAAAUCCAUUCCACCUAUCUCUGAAAAUACCAAAAUAAGGAGAGGGAAAAGCUUCUCGUUAGUUCCUCAUCAUUUACUCUAGUGCAGUUAAUACACUCCCAGGUACCAUUAACUUGUGUAUUCUGAAAAGCUGCACAUUUGCUGAAUUCAAACUUGUUCUGCAACACAGAACAUAACAGUGACUGCAGCAAUAUUAAAACAGGAAAGCUUUCCCACCGAGAUGAAAAGGUCCUGUAGCAUUAAGACACCGAUCUGUUGAUUCCAGAAUAUGACGUCACCCAUUAAGGUACUGAACAACUCAAGACAAUCCCUGAGCUGUUAUCUCUUGUCUUGACAUCUUCACAUCUAUCUCUGUGAUGUCCUCAGUAAAAAUGUUGAUUUGGACUGGUGACUGUGAUACCAACAUUCACAGUAAGUGUUUCUAUGAAAAAUUUACAACCUUUUUCCUGUUCCCUUGUUGGGAAAGAUGACACGUUGCUGCCAUUUUAUGGAUUCUAAAGAGAAAUCAGAUGCUGUAGAAUUUCGAAAGCAGUGUAUCACAUUAAAAGCACCAAUAGUGGUAGUUCUGAAGCGCCACAGCGAGAGGUAGGAACUAUUUCUCUAAUGCAAAACAUACUUUGUCAUUUCACCUCGCUGAAAAUGGAAAUUCUUGUCUAACUUGAGCAAUACUACUGGUUUUCCAGACUACUGGUGUUGCAAUAGGAUGUUUAGAAACAUACCACAGAAGAGUGAACAGAAGAGAAUGCUCCACACCAGGAUACCCAAGAUGGAGCCCUACUCGCCCUGUGAUCCUGUGCACUUUGUUUCCCUUACCUGUAAAGUUAAUUUCUGCCUCUGAGUAACAAGUGUCUGAGUAUGAAGCUGUGCCUAUAAGGCAGUAGAACUCAGCAUGAAAUCUAAGAGCUGUGUAUUAUUACUUCAGUGAUGGUAGAAUUUUCUGCCAGCAGGGCUAGAACUAUACAGAAGUAUGUGUACGUGUGUAAAUAUCAAUAAAUCUAUACCUCCCUCCUAGUGAUAAAUACAUUAGGACACAAACCAAAGAUCUUCUGCUGUGCUGUUUGUCUUAGGGAACAGAAAGACAAAAUCAAAGUGUGUUAUCAGAGCUUACAAAGUUAGAGAAUAAACUGUUACGUGUACAGGGCAAAUGUAUACUCUAGAUACAGAGGUAUAGCUGAGCCUGUUAAUGUGCACAGAGGAGUUGUUUGACUAAGAAUUCAUUUGUUAAGCUCAGAUGCAGUAUGGAGCACAAGUGCUGGGUUAUCCUUCCAAACAAUACACUGGAAAAACUAUAUUUCAUACCUUUUCCCUGUUGUGCACCAUUCUGUGAUUCUAUGAUCUCACUGCUACUGAGUCUAGAGUGGUUCCUUACUCUUUGUCUCACAAAGCACCACAUCUUCUUUGCAUGUCCAAGCAGCACUGAAGUAGUAGAUUCAUUAAAAAACCGCUCUAGGUUCUGACUGACCUGCACAGGAGAAAUGACAGGGAUCGUGCUCCAUUUGUUUAGCAGAGGAGAAAGGAGCAAGAGCCCACCCACCCUGGUACUGAGGAAUGCAUUUGCCUCCAGUAGCUGUGGGCAUGAUCACCUGACAUUGAACGUGUAACUGUGUGACCCCUCAUGGAAGAUUCAUAGUAUGUGUAAUGCAAUGUGGGGUUUUCUUUGCUGUCAUUUGAUUACUUACUGGAGAAAAAAUGUAAUCAAACCCGAGUUAGUGUUUCUCUGAUGGUUUGGGGGUUUAUUGGUAAUAUGCAAUGAAGUUUAUAAAUUCCUUGGUUUAUGCCAGUAUUUGCUCUAUUUCAAUGUAAUUUUAUUACAAACAGCAGUAGGUAAAGAUGUAUUAAUGUAACUGUAAGUUUUAUAACAUACCUUCUGUCCCAAACUGAGAGAAAACCUGACCUUUGUGAGGAUUCUUGUUUCUGCAUAUGAUCUGGAAUAACGUGUACCUUUAAUAAAACAGAU